GUCGGCGAACUAGGGCUGAUGCAAACCGUUCGCGUCUCGGAAACGUCCUCGCAUUCGGUGUCAGGGAUGCAUUCCCGUAAUCUUUAAGCAGGAACAUAUGUUAAGUUCAUAGGUUUGCGCUGGAAGUAGUCUUGACGAGGUGUGGCGUUACUGCGCUCACUGCUUGCUUGCGACAAACCCAGCGGCUGCUCAAACAACUCGCAGCGACGUGGGGUCAUCCCAGCAAGUAAUUGCAUGACGGGCAUUAAGCGCCCAUCAAACAGUGCGGAACCAGUGCUGUCAAAGUCCGCGCUCGCCCAGUCGACCCUCGCCGAGUUGGCACUACGCGACUACAUGUUCUACCUGUAAGCAAACAGUUGCAUAGGCGUCGACUGGUGAAUCGUUGUCGUCGCUGGAACAGUGCUCGGCCAGCUGGCGGGCGGGCAUGAGCUGGCGGUGUCGAUGGUUGGAGUAUGCGUCUCGCACGGCCACGCGCCGGACUGGCGGGGCGUGCCGGAUGCUGCAUGGGACAUCGUCCUUGGGAAGCUGUUGUGGAGCGACAUUGCGAGCGCUCGCACCGCCUGCCGCUCCUGGGCCGUGGACGUGAACCGCUGCCUGCAACGGCUGCACCUAAGGGACCCCAGCCCCGCCGCCCUGGUGCGACUGGGAGCCGUGUUCGCACACCUGCACCGACUGAAGCUCACGGCGUGGCAGCGCGGUGGUGUGAGGCUGGACGGCGAGGGCCUGCGCCUGCCUGGGGCCCUGGGUCGCGUAGCGAGCCUGCGCUUGCGCAGCAAGCAGCCCGGCGGCGGACUGCUAGCCGUGGGGCGUCUGGCGCUGCUGCGGAGCGGCUGUAGCGGCGGGGAUGACGGCGGCUGUAGCAGUGCCGGCGGUAGCGGCUGUGGUGGCGGCUGCGGUGGUGGCUGCGGCAGCCGCGGCAGUAGCGGUGGUGGUGCCGCCGGGGAGCAGCACGUGCUGCGUGAGCUGUGCCUGCGGGCGUGCGAGGUGGCGUCGUGGCGGGGCCUGGAGGGCUGCGGCCGCCUGCAGCACCUGGCGCUGGUGCACUGCCGCUUCGCCACACCCGAGGCCGCACACGGCCUGGCGGCGGCGCUGGCGGCGCUGCCCCGACUCACCACGUUGGAGCUGCGCUGCGCGACGCGCGCCGGCGGCAGUAGCAGCAGUGGCAGCAGUGGCAGCAGCAGCAACAGCAGCGGCAGGAGCAGCCCCACAGCGGCGGCUGCCGCCGCGCGCCGGGGCAGCGGCGGAGGCGGUCCUGGCGGCGGUGGUGGCAGCGGAGGCGGCGUGCCGGAGGCGGCGGUGCACUGCGUCCUGGUUCCGGAUCUGGUGGGGUUGGGAGUGGCGGUGGCGGGUCUGACAGCUCUGCGGCUGGCGGCGCCGCUGAGUGAGGCAGCUUUGAACCAGUUGCUGCGAGUGGAGCUGCCACGCAUACGCAGUUUGCGCGAGUUAGAGCUGGACAUACUGCAGCCGGUGCGCCAACAGCAGCAGCACCAGCAGCAGGCGGCCGCAGGGCCAGGCGGGGCCGCCGCCGGGCCGCAGCUGCAGCAGCCGCUACAGCAGAUACAGGCGCAGCCGCUACAGCUGCCGCCGCCGCCAGGCGGCGGUGCUGCGGCGGCAGCGCUUGUGCACGUGGGGGCAGCAGACGCUGUUGGAGCGCCGGUGGCAGCAGGAGGCGGCGGUGGCGACCAACACCACCCGAACCACCAGCAUAACCACCAGCACCCACAGCAGCUUCCUGCUCCUGCUCCCCACCAGCACCCACACGCGCACCCACAUGCGCAGCGCUACCGGGAGCUGUGCCACGUGUUGCCGGCGGUGGUGGUGGGGGCGCCGCACCUCACCUCCCUCAAGGUCAAGGGGCACAGCCGUGUGCGGGAUCGGGACCUGUUGCUACUGUCGCCCCUCCGCCACCUCCGUCAUCUCUCACUCGACCUGCCACCCGGCGCCGCCGCCGCCGCCGCCGCCGCCGCCGCCGCCGCUGCAGCUGCAGCUGCAUUGCAGCCAGACAACAACCUGAACAACGCUGCAGGCGCCGCCAACGCAGGCGCCCCACACCAAUUUCACGACCAGCCGGCUGCGGCGUUCGCCGCCGCUGCCCACAACCUCAACAACAACAUCGACAACGACAUCAACAAUGACGGCGGCUUCGCGGCAGCCGCUGCCUCUGCAGCAGCAGCAGGCGGCAACAGCCUGCAGCUCACGGGUGCGGGUGUGACGCACCUGCUGCGGGCGGCGCCGCACCUGACCGGUCUGUCGCUGGCGUAUGUGGCCUGGGCGCCGGAGGGGCUGGCGGCGCUUGGCGCGGCGGCGGCGGCGGGGGCAGGGCCAGGGUCUGGGGCGGGGGCGGGGGCGCAGGCGGAGAGCACGCCGCUGUGCGGGCUGCUGUACGGGCUGCGGUCCAGCCUGCUGCCGCAGCUGCUGGAGCUGGACCUCAGCGGCUGCCUGGGGCUCAGCGACUGGGGGCUGGCACUGCUGGGCAGGGCCUGUGGCGGCGGCGGCGGCGGCGGUGUUGGAGGAGGCGGUGUGGGAGGAGGAGGUGGUGGGAGGCUGCAGCGGCUCGUGCUCCGCGGUUGCGGCGAGGGCGGCGGCGGCAGCGGCGGCGGCGGCGGCGGCGGCGGCGGCGGCGGGCUGGUGGGCGACGUGGGGGUGGCGGCGCUGGCCCCCCUCAUGGCCCGGCUGCGUCACCUGGACCUGUCGCUGAUGGAGGGGCUGACUGACACUGGCCUGCGCGGCCUGCUGCGGGGCGGCGGGGCGCCGCACCUGACCUCCCUGUGCAUCAACUUUUGUGGCCGGGUGACUGACGCAGGGGUGGUGGCCAUUGCCAGCGGCUGCCCAACCCUGGAGAGGCUGGAAAUGGAUCACUGCGUCGGCGUGGUGGGCGUGGUGGGCGGCGGUGGCGCCGGCGGCGAGGCCCUUGCCACACCCGCCGCCGCCAUGCCAGCCGCCGCCGCACCCACUGCAGCCUUUGAGAACGUGCCUGCAAAGGCUGCGGGUGCGGCCGCAGGCAUGGCGGCUGCGGCAGGGGCUGAUGACAUCUUCGCCGCCGCCAGCAGUGCUGCUGCUGAACCUGCGACCGCCGCAUGGCCUGGCACCGCCGCCCCCGCCGCCGCCGCCGCCGCCGCCGCCGCCGCCGCCACGGUGUCAAUGUCACCAGCAGGCUUUGCGGCCUGUGCCCCGUUCGGGACAGCAUUGAGGUGGGGUGCGUCCAGCAGCGGGCUAGCCACUGCUAUUGCUGCGCCGCCGCCCUUGGGUGGUGGAGCUGGCUGGCUGGGUGAUGGCUGUAGCAGCGUUGGCGGCAGCAGCAGCCGGAAGGCCGCGUGCAGGGAGUGGGAGCAGCUACUGCCGGUGGUGGUGCUAGCGCUUCGGGAGCUGCGGGGGCUGCGACGCGUGUCCGUGGAGGGCUGCAGCAAGACGCUGGUGGCGGCGCUGCGGCGCGGGCUACAGCCGGUGGCGGCGCGGCAGCAGUGCAGCAGCCGUGACGCGGCGUCAUGGUGGUUGGCAGUUGACAAUGGCAGUAGCACCGGCAGUGGCGGCAGCAGCAGUGGCAGCAGCAGUAGUAGCGCCGCCCAGGGUAGAAGCCGCAGUGAUGGGAGUGGCGCCAGUAGUAGCAUGUCCAGUCCGGUAACGUUGUGAUGAUGCUUGUGGUGGGGCCUUUGCGGGUCUUCUUAGCUGGGCUUAGCUUCAAGCCAUUGUGCGCGGUGUUGCUGCACUUUUGAGUGAGGAGGUUUGCAGCCACACUGGGGUUAGUGGACCUCAGAUUGGGCCUCAGCGAGCAUUCCAUGGUCGUUGUAUGCUUGCUUGCACCGUGUUGUGACGUCUCAAGCAUACUAUGUUUCGCCUUGAUGACGUGCUGCGGCUCCAAUUAUGACAGUAUUAUUCCUGCCAGGUUACGGGGCAGGGCAAUGUACGCGCACCAUUAGCACCAGCACCAGCAUCAGCACCUCGCCACCCUUAUCCUGGAGUCUGCAGCGUUUGGGGGCUUCAAAGCAGAGCGGCAGGGGCAGGAACCCAAGCUGUACCAAGCUAGACCAUCGUCCCGGCACCGGUAACCUGGACACGUCAUUAGUGCUUGCACACUUGGCCGCGCCUAUGCCGCUGGGUAGUUGCGGUGUGGUUUCUUGGCAGUACUCUCGUCGUCUUGAGUCAUUGCUGUGGUGCUUGUGUUCACUGGGGCGGCCCGCGGGCGAAGGAAGUGAUGCAGGUGCAGCGGCAGUUCGUGACGGACGUGGAAGAGGAGCAUGCAUGCGGCCAAACGGGAGGGUGAGGCGAGGGGCGGUGACCCGGAGGCCGGAGGCAACUGACCUCAAGGACUCGGGAUGGCAGCAGGACGCAGGGGUGCAAGGAUGCGGUGGGAGAGGAAGCAAGGGAGGCAGAGGCGAGCGUGAUGCGGCUGCCGUGGAUGAUGGAGGUCGGCGUGCGUACCGGUGUGUGUCUUAUAGCGCCAAGCUGCAUGGAAAGUGCCGUACUAAUCCAGCCAGGCCGGCGUGCUGCAAAUGUAUUUGUGUUGCGCUGCCCGUCAUGGGGCGGCGAAUGAGCGAGCCAACUCUGGUGCGUAGCCUUGCGCGUGCAACAUGUUGCCAAUCCAUCAACGUGUAAUCCCAAACGGGC